UUUAUCACUUGAUUCAUUUAUUCAAAACAACGACAUUUUCAAUGCCCAUCUUGGAAGUUCAGCCCAAUCAGAAUAUUACUUUGGAAAUUCAGAUUCUUGCCUUUAUAUAAAGCCCAGCAUGUACCAAUCAUCAAAUUAAACAGAAAAUAAAUAAUUGAAAACUUUAUCAAAAAUGUCAAAAGAUGAUGAAUUGCGUUUAUUGGAUUUCUGGGCAAGCCCAUUUUGCAUGAGGGUGAAAAUUGCUCUAUCUGAAAAAGGUGUAGCCUAUGAAUCUCAACAAGAAGACUUAUUUGGUGGUAAAAGUGAUAUGCUUCUCAAAUCUAACCCAAUUUAUGAAAAAGUUCCAGUUUUGUUGGAUAAUGGAAAGCCAAUUGUUGAGUCCAAUAACAUUGUGUAUUAUAUUGAGGAUAAGUAUCCUUCUACGAACCCUUUGUUGCCUUCUUGUGCUUAUGGACGCUCCCGUGCACGUUUCUGGGCAGACUUCAUCGACAAAAAGAUAUUUGAAGGAGGAAUGUGCAUAUGGAAGAGCAAAGGUGAAGAACUAGAGAUUGCAAAGAAAGAUUUCAUAGAAAUCUUGAAGAAGCUUGAAGGAGCCAUGGGUGACAAAGAUUUCUUUGGAGGAGACAACUUUGGGUAUGUUGAUGUUAUAGCCAUUGCCAUGACAUCUUGGUUCCAUGCUUACGAGGUUUUCGGAGAUUUUAAGGUUGAACAAGAGUGUCCUAAAUUUGGCUGCUGGAUGAAGAGAUGCCUUGAGAGGGAGAGUGUUUCUAGUGUCCUUCCAGAUCCUGAAAAGAUCUAUCAGUGUGUUGUCAUGCUUAGGAAGAUGCAUGGCAUUGAAUAGGACGGGUUCUGUUGAUUCAACUGCGAUACAUACAUGUACUAAAGGAAAAAAUGAAAUAAAUAAAUGUCUAUGUAUUAAUAAUUAUUCUGAACUCGCGAAUACUAGUACUUAGAUUCGCCUCAGAUGUAACAUGCAUGAAUAACAGAUCAGUUAUUUUUGAUGUGUUGCAAGAAAAUCUAAACUGGGCCACUCCUUGCUGAUUUGGGCCUUA